CGCGCGGACCUCUGCAGUGCAGUUCUGUGCCGUGCCGUGCCGUGCCGUGCAGUGGUGUGUGUCGGCGUGCGGCGAUGUGGCGCCGCGCCGUGUCCUCGUAGUGUGCUCCUGCAACCCCGCCUGUGUCUGCUCCCCGCGACCCUCUCUCCGGCGCCAUGGGGAAGAGCGGCAGCAAGCUCCGCAAGAAGCGCAGCCAAAGUAUCGCGUGGAGCUUCCGGUUCCCGUCGCUGAGUUCGCUGUCGCGCCGCAAGAUGGCAGUGCCGCCGUCGCGGCCGCACAUGGACGUGCGCACGUGGAUCGAGGUGCUGGAGCUGACGCAGUACGCCGCGCUCUUCGAGAAGUUCGACGGCGUCGAGGACUUGCUGACGUUUUCCGAGGAGGACAUCAGGGACCUGGGCGUGAAGAACUCGGCGCACCGCGCCCGGAUCGUCUCAAGCCUGGUGGCGCUGCGGGCCAAGUACGAGAAGAGUGCGAGGCGGAAGGACAAGCCUCAGCGACACAGCGUCGCCGUGGAGCCGAGCCGUCUGGUGCAGCAGAACGGCACGUCCGACAUCCUGGUUGUCAGCGACGUCAUACAGAGCAAGAGCCUAUGUAACCUGGUGAUGGAGGGCGUGUCGAGCCCCGGGUCGUCGCCCGGCGCCGGCGCCGGCGCUGGCGAGGUGCCGGGCGAGCUGCGCAAGGCGCUGGAGUGGGAGCUGUCGCUGGACGCGCGCGACCUGCGCUCCCACGCCUGGUACCACGGCGCCAUCCCGCGCCAGCGCGCAGAGGACAUCGUGCAGCGCGACGGCGACUUCCUGGUGCGCGACUGCUCCUCCCAGCCCGGCAACUACGUGCUCUCCUGCCGCUGCAAGGGGCAGCCGCUGCACUUCGUCAUCAACAAGGUGGUGAUCCAGCCGGACACGGUGUACGAGCGCGUGCAGUACCAGUUCGAGGAGGACGCGUACGACACGGUGCCCGACCUCAUCACGUACUACGUGGGCAGCGGCAAGAGCGUCUCCACGGCGUCCGGGGCGCGCAUCUCGACGCCGCGCAACCGCCUCUACCCGCUCUCCUUCUACGCCUCCAAGUACGGCCUGCAGCAGCAGCAGCACGUGUCGCCGCUGUCGUCGCCCGGGGGAACCCCCGCGCUGCGCUACAACCCCUACAACUCGUACCGCGCCGCGCCCCAGCAGCGGCGCGGCGACACGCCGCCGCGGCUGCCCAGCAAGAAGCAGCGCAGCCAGUCGCUGACGCCGGCCGACUCGGCGGGGCAGCUGUGCCGGCAGGCGUCGCGCGGCCAGGGCGGCGGCUACCUGCACCACCAGCACCAGCAGCAGCACCAGCAGCAGCAGCAGCAGCAGAACCACCAGCAGCCGGCGGCAGGGGGCGAGCGCGCCAGCAGCGCAGACGGCGUCAUCCAGACGGGCACGCUGGGCAGGCACGACCCGCCGCCCGCCGCCAAGUUCUCCACACACUCGCUGCCGCGCUCCGCCGGGCUCGCCGGCAAGCACCAGGUGUCGCCGUCGUCGACGCCGGGGGCGGGCCACGGGCACGCCGUGGCCAAGAUGGUGCGCGUGACGAGCGACCCGGCGCUCAGCCCCUGCCUGGAGAGGCGGCGCUUCGGCUACGAGGGCGACGGCGCCGCGGAGGCGGCGGGGGCGGCCGACGCGGACCUGCCCGAGCAGCCGCCGCCCAAGCCCAGCCGGGUGCCGUCGCUGCCGCCCAAGGAGCACGCGACAGCGGCGGCCAAUCACGACGCCCACCACCCGCCCGUCUUCGACAACGGAUUGCCGGCGGCGGCGAGCCUGCAGCGCGUGUCGUCGUACCACGCGUCCGGCUCGGACUCGGGCAACGGGUCGGGCGACUCGGCGCAGAGCUCGGCGGCCGACGCCACCGACUGCUCGCAGGCGCAGCACCGCGGCGUCGUGAUCAAGAACCCGCGCUACCGCACCGAGUACGACUCGGCCGCCGAGGACUCGCUGCUGCUGUCCGUGCCCGAGCCGGAGCCGCCGUCCGCCUUCGACGUGGAGAGCGCCUCCACGCUGCUGCUGCCCGUCAUCGAGAACAAGCCGCUCGACCCGUCCGCGCUGCAGGCGGUGCGGCGGCAGCUGCAGGAGACGGGCCCGCGCGUGCUGGCGGCCCACUUGACGCGCGUCGACCUCUCGCUGCUGCUCGACGCCGCAGACCUGGGGCUCGGCAUCGCCUGCGGACUCGAGCUCGUCACGCUGCCGCACGGCCGGCAGCUGCGCCUCGACCUCAUCGAGAGGACUGAAUGUCUGAAAUUGUUGGUGGCAGUCACAAUCUUAACUUGCACCACAGAAGCAGAACGAGCAGAAUCACUAAAUAAAUGGAUUGAGGUAGCAGUUGAGACAAAAACAGCACUUGGUAAUCUCUAUGGAUUUUGUGCAGUGAUGAUGGGUCUCUGCAUGCCACAGAUUCAGAGGCUGUCCUCAACGUGGCAUGUUCUGCGACAGAAAUUUACUGAUAGUGCUUUCAACUUUGAAGCAAAGUUACGACCUACACUGAAAAGCAUGAAUGAGUGCACAAAUCCACAGGCACCAAACACAACAAUUCCACAUUUGUUACCAUUUCUUUUGCUGCAGGAUCGCACACUUGAAGAUAUUCUAGGCCCUGCACCAGGAAGCCUGAGCUGGGAGACAUCAACUGCUGAUCUCGGACUCGGCACACUUCUGGCACACAUGGAAGCUGCACGCAAAUUUGCAGAAUCUGUGCCUAUGUUUAGACGUAAUGCUGAGAUUGCACUUGGCAGUGCUGCAAAACAGGAUGAACUUCUGACUGACAUGUUUCGCACAGAAUUCCACCUUAAGUUCCUCUGGGGAAGCCGUGGUGCCUCUGUUGCUGCGGACGAGCGCCGUGCAAAGUUUGAACAGGUGCUCGCAGUAAUGUCAGACAAGUGCGAGCCACCAGCAUGAGUGGAGGAUAAUUAUGUUUAAUUGGCUGAUUUGGCACUUAGUGCUGACCAAUGAGUCUUAAUUGUUGGAUAGUAUAAAUGCUGAUACAAAUCAACAAUGUUUUUGCUGCAGGAGAAGAUAUGGUGAGCAACUCUUGUUUCCAGGUCACCGAAAGGCAGUGUGAGGUUUAGAAGAAAGGGCAAGGUGAUAAUGCAAGAAAUGAUGUCUUCAUUCUGACCAUUUCACAUGGUGUCAUGUUAUGUUAAGAUGAAGAGAGCUUAAGAUUUAUUUCAAACUACUGCUGCAGAUAAGAUGACUAAUCUGAACACACCACUGAACACUGCCAUUAAGCAACACAUCAUAGCCUUGUGUCCAAAAAAAUUAAAAGAAACUAUGGUACUUGCAAAUAUCAAGACAGUUGUUUUAGCAUGUACAUUGAUUAUUCACUGUCACGUCAUGGGGAUGGGUACAAACUUGUAAUUUUUUCCUAAUAUUUGGAUAAAAGAAAACGUACUUCUGUCAUAUUUUUUUCAGAGACAUGGCAUUGUGGAUUUUCCCUCCUUAAGUUAUCAAAUGAAAUGCAUUAGAUUAUAUAGUGAAAUGAUAUGUGAAAGAUUACCAUGCAUUAGGUGUUUCAAUUCGGUUCAAAUUUUUCAUACACGUGUGCCAUACAUGGAACAGGUCCAGGUAGUUCUUUAAAGUGCUGCCUUAGCACAGCUAAAGAACAGUGUAACCGAUAUAUCUCCAGGAGCUUGUGAAAUGAUUACAUAGAGACAAACAAAUCUCUGUUAAUUACACAAUCAUAACUGUUUAUUAAGUGUGUACACAAAGAAUUUUAUUGUCUGAAACAGCUGAGAACUAGAAAUACUAGAAAAAUACUUAAUCUGUCUUCAGGUUCACUUUACUUGCUUUACUAGUGGUGCUCUUUAGAUUUAUAAUAGAUGCUGUAGUUUAAAACUUGAUAAUAUGUUCUUGCCAUCAAACAAACAAGCAAUGAAGUUUGUGCUCCCUCUCACCUUUUUUGUGUAAUUUCUUACAUCAGGUUUGAGACAGUUAACUAACAACUGUGGUUUUAUGUUGUGGGGAAACAAUAUAGAAUAUAAUACAUAUGAAUAAUUGGAAAACAUGAACAUAUUAAUUUAAAUAAAUUUUCAAUACACUUUCCUGUAUAUUUUCUCAUGGAUGUUGUAAGAGUAUUUUCCUUAGAGCCAGAUACAUUUUUUCCUCCUGUGCAAAUGUAUUAUAUUUCAAAUGUGGACUUGAGUCAGUACUCUCUCUCUCUCUCUCUCUCUCUCUCUC